CAAACCAAUGUUUUUAUUAAAUAAUUUUCAAAUCAAAAGUAAUUGAUUUUAAGGACUACGUUUUAUUGAAGCUAACGAACUGAAGUCGAAAGUUACUGCGAUUAGACAACCCUAACUUAUAUUCUAAAUGGUUUGGGUAUAAGAAACUCAUUGUAUUUUUAAGCUAUUCAAUAAACAAUGUCCAUUAAACCGGAGUCUUCACAAAACUCUGAAUCACCAAUUGUUGAUAAAGAAGAAUUUAACACCAAGGUUCAAAAUUAUUACAAAGCACACAGCGUGCAUAGCAAAAAGUUAGAAUGGACGAAAGAAAGAAUAGAAAAUGUAAUCAAACUUUUAGAAGACUAUAGUAAAAAUAAAUUUCGUGGCGUACGAGCAACGAACAAACAAUACCACCACGCACAUAAAUAUGACGUCAUUAAAACUGGUAAUCACAAGGUAUUAAUGCUCAAAAGAAAAGAUAGUUUACAUCCAAUGUUAGAAAUGAUUCCAACAGAGGAUUAUUAUCAAAAAAUUCUCGACGCCCACCUCGCCACCGGCCACGGUAGAAGAGACAAAAUUGUUAGUACAUUAAGAAAUAAAUACAUGAUACCAAUAUUUGCUAUUAAAAUAUUUCUUGAUCUUUGUAGAGUAUGCAUAACACAUAAAAACAAUUUUAAACCCAAUGCUAAAUCAGCACUUGUCCAAAAACCUAUGCUAGCUAAUAACUUUAACCAGAGCGGACAUAUAAAUGUUUUAGACUUCCAAUCAAGUCCUGACGAAGAAUACAAAUGGUUAAUGCAAUACCAGGAUCAAACAACAAAGUUUAGUUUUUUACGACCAUUGAAAAGCAAAGAAGCGAAAGAAGUGGGUUAUGAAGUUUUAAAAAUAUUUCUACAAAUUGGUUGUCCUCAUUUUCUACAAAGUUGUGGAGGAAUUGAGUUUACUAUGUCAGUAUUAAGAGAAAUAACUACAUUAUGGUCUGCAUGUGAUGUCAUCCAAAGUGAACCAAUAGUUCCACAGGAAGAAGAAAGCAUAGAAACAUUGAAACAAGAUAUAAAAAAUAUGAUACAAGCAUGGAUGGUUGAUAACAAUUCAACAAAUUGGUCUUUUGGUUGUUAUUUUGUUCAAUUUCAAAUGAAUUCAUCAUACCAAUUGUCAACUCGUAACACUCCAUAUAAAGCAGUUUUUGGAACUGAUCCUAGAUUAGGAAUAUCAACAUCUUUAUCAGAAAAUAUUGAAGGCCACUUCCAAGUGGAAGUAAAAGUGGAAGAAGAUUCAGAAGAAAGUGAUAAAAAUGAAGAAAAGGACCAACUAAAUAAUCAAAAUUCAAAGUAUGGAGAAUAAAAAUGAAUUUUUAAUUUGUAUGUUACAAAUGUCUAGUUUACAUUAUUCCAGUCCAACUAUCCAAGUCCGCUCUGGCUUACAAUUGGAUAAAUAUUAACACAAUGUAAUCAGCACAAUGCGUUACAAUGUGUUUACAUUUUUCCAGUUGUAAUCCAGCAUUGAUAUUCGUCGCUGGACUGGAAUGAUGUAAACCAUAGGCAUAGAUUUUUCAACAAUGAUUUUGCAUAACAUUUAGAAACUCCCAAAACCAGAAUUUUAUUAUUUGUUAAACUUUUGUUGAGAUUAAACUUAUGUAUAAUAUAUUAGCAAAUUAGGAUAAAAAAAUGUAUAUAACUAAAAGUUAAAAAUAGUGCAAUCCUACUAUUACUGUUAAAGCGAAAGUUUGAAUCCUUUGUCGCGAAUGGUC